GGAGAUGAGAAGGGGCGGGUUUGUAUUGAGAAGGGGCAGUCCUAAACACUGAUUUUCUAAAGCUACUGGGUCCGAAACUUUCAGUAGCCCUGCCAUCCAUCAGUUUACGUAAGAAUUGCCCAUUCAUCUGAAAAAGAGCUAACCCGAACUGUUGAAAACAGCAAAAUGGCCCCGAUAUCCAUCAAGCGAAUUUUAAUCAGUGAAAGUGUUGAUCCUUGUUGCAAGAAGCUUCUUCAAGAGAAUGGAAUCCAAGUGACGGAGAAGCAAAAUAUGAGUAAGGAUGAGUUGAUUGCAGAGAUCAAGGACUAUGAUGGACUGGUGGUGCGAUCUGCAACAAAGGUUACAGCUGAUAUCAUCAGUGCAGCUGAUAACCUCCAGAUCAUUGGCAGAGCUGGAACUGGUGUUGACAACGUGGAUGUGGACGCUGCCACCAAGAAGGGCAUAAUAGUUAUGAACACACCGAGUGGCAACACCAUCAGUGCCGCGGAGCUGACAUGUACCCUGAUAAUGAGCCUGUCAAGAUAUGUACCACAAGCAGCCAUGUCCAUGAAAGCAGGGAACUGGGAUCGUAAAAAGUUCAUGGGUGCAGAGCUGUACGGUAAAACACUUGGAAUAGUUGGACUUGGAAGAAUCGGAAAGGAGGUCGCCACCAGAAUGCAGUCCUUUGGUAUGAAGACCAUCGGUUACGACCCUAUCACCCCACCUGAGGUGACGGCCACUUGGGGGGUGGAGCAGAUGUCCCUGGAACAGCUGUGGCCCCAGUGUGACUACAUCACUGUCCACACUCCUCUGAUGCCUGCCACCACUGGUUUGCUGAACGAUGCCUCGUUCGCCAAGUGUAAGAAAGGCGUUAAGGUAGUGAACUGUGCGCGGGGAGGCAUCAUCGAUGAGGCGUCUCUCCUCAGAGCUCUGGAGUCGGGUCAGUGUGGAGGAGCUGGUCUGGAUGUCUUUGUUGAGGAGCCACCGAAGGAGCGCUCGCUGGUGAACCAUCCCAACGUGGUCAGCUGUCCUCACCUGGGGGCCAGCACCAAGGAGGCGCAGGCUCGCUGUGGGCAGGACAUUGCCUUGCAGAUCGUGGACAUGGUGAAGGGCAAAGGCCUGGUUGGAGCUGUGAAUGCGCAGGUUUUAGCCAGCACAUUCUCCCCUGAGUCUCACCUGUGGAUCAAGCUUGGGGAGGCCCUGGGGGCCGUGCUACAGUCAUGCACCACCUCCAAGACACCCCACAGUGCUGUCCAAAUCACCACUCAAGGUGACUGCCUGAAAAGCUCCACUGGCUACAUGACUUCUGCUGUGAUGGUUGGACUCCUGACUGACGGGUCCAAGGGCUGCCCCAAUUUGGUCAAUGUCCUUACCCUGGCCAAAGAGUCUGGGAUAACGGUAAACAAAAACCACCUCCAGGCAUGUGAGGGGAACCUGUGCGACGUGGAGCUCUCCACCAAGGGCUCCAGGUUCCAGGCUUCUGGUUCCGUACAAGGAGGCGUGCCGGUGCUGUUGGGGCUUGACAGCAGCACGUUCCGCCAGCCUGUCCCUCUCACUGGAAACCUGCUCUUCUUCAAGGCUGCCGGAGGCCCUCAGCUGCUGCAGGCCGUCACCGGUGUGCUGGCCACAGCUGGAGUGGAGAUGCAGGCGUUCAGCGGGCCAGCAGCCAGCGGUGGGGAGUCGUGGUUCUGUGUGGGGUUAUCCUCUCUGCUGGGGGAACUGGGUGCCCUGAACCCUCUUGUGAAAGAAGCUGUCCAGCUCUCUCUGUAAACGAUGCAGAACAUUUCUACUGACAUUUCUACAAGUGUAACAUUCCAAUGUCUAAUCUAACCACUCAAGACUGUUAGCAUUAUUCAAGAGGUUCCCUGUUUAGCUUGUUGAUAGGCUACUUACAAUAAUAAUAACACGUUUCAUGUAGAGAGACCUAUGUUUUUUGUUACAAUUUGUUUCAUUCUGUGAUACUUGUCAUAGUGUUUGAAUUGUAUUUCAGGUGCUGGCUAUUUGUAGAUUAAAUGUAAUUGACAUGAAA